AAAAGUAUGUAGACAUUAGUUCAUUGGGUUCGCUGAGAUCGCGCCUCCUAACGUCAAAUCUCUGAAAUUACAGAAGAUCAAAACAAACAUGGCGGCCUCCUUGCUGUCCCAUGGCAUGCGGAGAUGUUCAGCACACACCUGUGCUGCUGCUGCUGCUGCUGUUGCUGUCAGGAGGGGUUUGAGUUCAGCUGCUCCUCCAUCCGUCUUCAACGGGCUCUUAUUAAAACUCAAUCGCUACUUCUAUGAUGUGGAGCACAUUGUAGGUUGGAAUCACUGGGCAAGGACGAAACUGGUCCAAAGCAAGAAUACGUUUUAUGGUUAUGUACAGCAGAAUUUUGGUGAUAAUAUAGGAGCGGCCUAUUAUAUUCUGACUCUCAGAGGGAGCUUCAGAUUUGCAGGCCAAUCUGAAUGGUUUCGUCCAGACUCGAGAGGAAGAUUCAGGUAUGACUUCAUGAGCAAACCUGACGCACAAAUAGAGGAAGUGGAUCUGAGUGGCAGCAUAAUAAACCACAAUGGACUUGACAACCUUGUAAAGCAGAAUAAACUCCAGAGUCUCUCUGUGCGAGGAUGUCCUGAAGUGGACGACUGGUUUCUUGCACGUCUUCAUGUCUUUGGAGAAAGUCUAGUGGAGUUAGACGUGUCCCACUGCCCUAGAGUCACUGUAGGAGGUCUCGCUGCAUUACAAAACCUCAGAAAGCUACAGCGUCUGGAUAUUUCGGGACUUGCCCGGCUUCAGAGUCCAGGCCUGGUCCGGAUCCUGCUGGAGGAGAUGCUUCCGCACUGUCGGGUCACUGGAGCUGAAUACGAACAGGGCCUGAUCCAGCCAGACACCCGAGAGCCAACAGAGGAGGAUCAUGAAGCGUCAGCAAACACUGCAGUCAGACAUUUAUAAAGUACAUGGCUGAGUUAUUGUGAUGCACCCAUGAAUGUUCUGUGUACUUAUAAAUAACUGUUGUAAAAUAUAUUGUACUUACAAGACAGACACAAUAAAGUUGUAUGUGUAAGUGUU